GUGUGUAGCAGCAGCAUGUGUUAUGGGCACCUGAGCUCCAAUUUCUAUGACUCAUUCUGUCCUCAUGCUCUCUCCACCAUCCGAUCGAAAAUCCGGUCUGCGAUAUCGGCAGAGAGGCGCAUGGGUGCCUCCCUCAUCCGCCUUCAUUUCCAUGACUGCUUUGUCAAUGGAUGCGAUGCUUCGUUGUUAUUGGAUGACACGUCUUCAUUUAGCAGUGAGAAGAACGCACGUGCGAACAACAACUCAACGAGAGGGUUCGAAGUGAUCGACGCCGUUAAAUCAAAGGUGGAAAGCAUCUGCCCAGGCGUUGUUUCAUGCGCUGACAUCCUUGCCGUAGCUGCAAGAGACUCUUCAAAAGCCAUGGGAGGACCAACAUGGACAGUGAAACUAGGCAGGAGGGAUUCAGCCACCGCAAGCGAGACCGACGCGAAUGACAACCUCCCAAGCUUCACAGAUGACCUCAAAGAGCUCAUCUCACUCUUCUCCCGGAAGGGCCUCGAACCUCAGGACCUUGUCGCGCUCUCUGGUGCUCACACCAUAGGCCAAGCCCAGUGUUUCACUUUCAGAGAUAGAAUCCACAACGAAGACAACAUCGACUCCAGUUUUGCGAGCACAAGACAGAGAAGCUGCCCAACAUCUGGUAGUAACACCAACUUGGCUCCUCUGGACAAAGUCACUCCAAAUAGCUUUGAUAAAAGCUACUUCAAGAACUUGGUUCAAUUGAAGGGCUUGCUCCACUCUGAUCAAGUGUUGUUCAAUAAUGACUCAACUGAUAGUUUGGUACGAACGUAUAGCAACAGUAGGAGCACUUUCUUUGCGGAUUUUGCCUCAGCUAUGGUGAAGAUGGGAGACAUUGAGCCUCUCACUGGUUCUUCAGGGCAGAUUAGGACUAACUGUAGGGUACCCAACUGAAACGAUUGAUGCUACAGUGCCCUAAACACUUGGAUGGUGUUUGGUUUGUUAUGCUAUGCCAUUCUUAAUUGUUGUGAUUUGCUGUUCUAAUAAAUAGGCCACCAGCUUUAGGUGUAACGGGUUGCCCUUAGAUUUUG